AAGGGCUCUGAAGACCCGAAACGCAAUCGAUAUAAGCUGUUCCUCGAGUGUACGCUAAUCUUGACGUCUGUUGUACCUCCGGAACUGCCCAUUGAAUUAUCGUUAGCCGUCAACACAUCAUUGCUCUCACUGUCGAAAUUAUACAUCUACUGUACGGAACCGUUUCGCAUACCAUUUGGCGGAAAAGUAGAGAUCUGUUGUUUCGAUAAGACUGGAACCCUUACCAGUAAUAACUUAUUAGUCGAGGGAAUCGCUGGCCUUAAAGAUGACAACAAAAUAUGUCCCAUAACUGAAGCUCCAUUGGAAACGAUCCAAGUGUUGGCCACUUGUCACGCGUUGGUUCAGUUAGAGGACGGACUGGUUGGGGAUCCGCUAGAAAAGGCCACUCUUAACGCUAUUGAGUGGACGCUAACUAAAGGCGAUGCCGUCAUACCAAAGAAGGGCAAAUCGCCGGGUCUUAAGAUAUUCUAUAGGUUCCACUUUUCGAGCGCUCUCAAGAGGAUGUCAGUGAUUGCCGGCUAUUCUCCGGCCGGAACUACU